GGUCAGAGCUCAGACAGCAAGCGGACCGAGGAGAGACACUCAUCUACAGGGAGGAUGGAGGUGGAGAACAGACCCAGCACAUACGACUUCUCCAAACGCGACAAAUUACUGAGCAGCCGUUUUUAUGAAGAAAACUCCCUGCAGGAUGAAACCGAUGACGGUGGUGAGCGCUGGUGUCUGAUCUGUGGGGAUCGAGCGUCCGGCCUGCACUAUGGUAUUAUUUCCUGCGAGGGAUGUAAAGGCUUCUUCAAGCGCAGUAUCUGCAACAAACGCAUCUAUCGCUGCAAUAGAGACAAGAACUGCCAGAUGUCCCGCAAACAGCGCAACCGCUGCCAGUACUGCCGGCUGCAGAAGUGCCUACAGAUGGGCAUGAACCGCAAGGCAAUCAGAGAAGACGGGAUGCCUGGAGGAAGGAAUAAAAUGAUUGGACCUGUACAUAUUUCGCUGGAGGAGAUUGAACGAAUUAUGUCUGGCCAGGAGUUUAAAGAAGGAUCGGACCUGUCAGAUUCGUGGAGCCACGGUUACAGUAACCACAGUUCACCCGGCAACAGUCUCUCCGAGGGCGGCCAGAGCUUAUCUUUCUCCAGCAGCCGCUCGGUGUCGUGUAGAGAUGAGUGUAUAAGUCCUCAACUCACACACACUUUCCUGAUGUGUAAAUAUCCUUUACCGCCUCCUACUGGCAGCAUCCUGAAGACGCAAACACACACACUGACAGCGCAGAUCCUUGCUGAUGAAGACCUCACACCUCUCACUACACCCAUGCUCAUUGAGGACGGAUACAGCGUGACUCAGUCGGAGCUACUGGCGCUGCUGUGUGGUAUCGCAGACGAGCUGCUGUUCAGACAGAUUGUAUGGCUGAAGCGUCUGCCGUUCUUCGCUGAUCUCUCCAUUAAAGACUGCACUCGUCUGCUAGGCUCUUCAUGGCAUCAGCUCAUCCUACUGUCCUCGCUCACACUGCACAGUGCACAGAUACUGGGAGAACUGGCCAACGUCACACAACACUACACUCCGUCCACACACACACUGCAGCGGUUUGGUGAGGAUGCUAUGGAGGUCAUGGAAAGCUUAAAUUUCCUCUUCCGUAAGUUUCAUCAACUAAACAUCAGCAAUGAGGAGUACAGCUGCUUAAAGACUAUCACGCUGCUUAAUCAAGAGACGACAGGUUUGUGCAACACGUCAGUGCUGGAACAGUUAAGUGAACGUUACUGGACGCUGUGUCGUGAGCUGACAGAACGACUUCAUCCACAGCGACCCAAACGUUUCUCUGACAUCAUCACCUGCCUUACUGAGAUACGGCAUACGUCAGGUAAAAUGAUGUCUAUUCCCCUGGAGCAGCUCCCACUGCUGUUUAAGGCAGUACUGUAUUCCUGCACAACCAAUCAAAACCCAUGGCUUGCCAAAAGCUCCGCCUCCAGGACAUAAACCACGCCUCCAGAUCCUGUUUUUACUUUUUUCCUCCCUCAAUGUAUUUAUUACAUGACAAAGUUGAAUGUAAAACUCUGACAGAUUCGUGUGUGAUUUCGAACUGUACCAAAUGUAGCAACCGACCAAAUUGGAUUCGAGAAUUACCUCAGGAACACGACGGAAACGUGGCCAUUGUGUUAAUGAUCACAACUGAAACGAAUAGCGCACUGCAAUCUGUUGUUGAAUUAUGCAAGCCAUGAUAUAAAAUGUCCUUGUGUUACAGGAUGUCACUGAUAAAAUAUGCCUGUUGAUGCUGAAAUAAUGAAGAUGCCAGGGUGCUGAAUUUCAUUCAGAUAACAAUGUUUCUCAUUCAGACGAUAGCCAAGUUUUGAGCUUUCAGCUAAAAUGAUUGACAUUUCAGCCAUCCACAGUUCUGCUAAACACCAAAAAUCGAGCGUGCUACAAUAUACACUCACUGGCCACUUUAUUAGGUACACCUUACUAGUAGCAUUUUGCCUUCAGAACUGCCUUAAUCCUUUGUGGCAUAAAUUCAAUUAUGUUCUGGAAAUAUUCCCCAGCGGUUUGGGUCCAUAUUGACAUGAUAUCUGCAGCAGCUGCGUGAUGCUUUGUCGGCUGCACAUCCGUGAUGCAAAUCUUCCGUUCCACCACAUCCCAAAAGGGCUCUAUUGGAUUGAGAUCUGGUGACUGUAGAGGCUGUUUGAGUACAGUGAACUCAUUGUCAUGUUACAGAAACCAGUCUGAGAUGAUUUGCGCUUUAUGGCAUGGCGCAUUAUCCUGCUGAAAGUAGCCAUCAGAAGAUGAGUACACUGUGGUCAUAAAGGGAUGGACAUGGUCAGCAACAAUACUCAGGUAGGCUGUGGUGUUGACACAAUGCUUAAUUGGUACUAAUGGGCCCAAAAUGUGCCAAGAAAAUAUCCCCACACCAUUACACCAGCACCAAUAGCCUAAACCAUUGAUACAAGGCAGGAUGGAUCCAUGCUUUCAUGUUGUUGAAGCCAAAUUCUGACCCUAUCAUCCGAAUGUCACAGCAGAAAUCGAGACUCAUCAGACCAGGCAACGUUUAUCCAAUCUUCUAUUGUCCAAUUUUGGUAAGCCUGUGUGAAUUGUAGCCUCAGUUUCCUGUUCUUAACUGACAGUAGUGGUGAGGUCUUCUGCUGCUGUAGCCCAUCUGCCUCAAGGUUAGACGUGUUGUGUGUUCAGAGAUGCUCUUCUGGAUACCACGAUUCUAACGAGUGGUUAUUUGAGUUACUGUUGCCUUUCUAUUAGCUGGAACAAGUCUGGCCAUUCUCCUCUGACCUCUGGCAUCAACAAGGCAUUUGCGCCCACAGAACUGCUGCUCACUGGAUAUUUUCUCCUUUUCAGACCAUUCUCUGUAAACCCUAGAGAUGGUUGUGCGAGAAAAUCCCAGUAGAUCAGCAGUUUCUGAAAUACUCAGACCAGCCAACAACCUUUCUUCCUCAUUCUGAUGCUCGGUUUGAACUGCAACAGAUCAUCUUGACCAUGUCUGCAUGCCUAAAUGCACUGAGUUGCUGCCAUGUGAUUGGCUGAUUAGAAAUUUGCGUUAACGAGCAGUUGGACAGGUGUACCUAAUAAAGUGGCUGGUGAGUGUACAUGCUGUUGAUCGUAGUUUUUACAAGAUAGAGAUUUCCGGUAAUGUUUGAGCCAGUCGCCGGGUGAAAAAAAAAUGCAAUAAGCACACUCUUUAACCCAGGUGUGUGUUACGUGUGAUUUCCUCUCACGCGUGUCUUCAAGAAGGUGUGAAUGUUUGAACAGGGUUUAUGUGUUUGUAUUUUGUUUGAAAUAUAUGACUUUUUUUAUAUUUGAUUCAGCUGUUACGUGAAGGGAGCAAUUUCUCUAAAGGGUUGAGUUCGAUGGUGUGAAGAAACAUUCCAAAUAUUACGAAACAUUGGAAGAAUUUCACAUGAUUUAACCUUCCAUUCCUUCUUUGAAAGUUUACAUUUCUGUUUUGUUUUUUUGCCGCAGCGGCAGACAAUGAGCGGGUAGAGUAUAGUGGUUAGCACGCCGAGGGUUGCUCUGAUAGAUAACGAAGAGGGAGGUAAUCAUUUUUUUGUGCGUUCGAUGUUUCUCUCUUUGUUUGUUACCAUCCGAGGCCUUGAAGUGCCUGUGUAGUUGAUGACAUGUGAGGACCAGGCAGCAAAUGGACUGUUUCGCUGUCUUGUCUUUCUGUUUAUAUUCAUUACUCAUCUGUUUAGCAUUGUAUUUUUCUUCUAUGGAUUUGAAUGUUUACAGCAUUUACAGUAACAUUGUACUUUUUUUCCCUCCAUUUCAUA